AACAUGGGGUAUCAGCAAAGGAAGUGUAGCUAGCUCCCAUUACUACUCAAGAACCCAGUCUUCUUCCACUGCCAUGGCUGCCAGGUGGACCAUGCUUGCCGGCCUCCUGCUCCUGCUUCCACUCCUGCAGUCGGCCUCCUCCUCCUCCAUGGUGUUCAAGCUCGACGGCAAUGUCUACCCCGCAGGCCACUUCUACGUAACCAUGAACAUCGCAGACCCAUCGAAGCCAUACUUCUUGAGUGUGGACACUGGCAGCGACCUCACCUGGCUGGAGUGCGCCGCAUCCAAUGGUGCCUGUGAAAGGUGCAACAAGGUGCCACAUCCACAUUACCGACCAGGACCGCCCAGUUACAAGGUCGUCCCAUGUACGGACCCACUCUGCGACACACUGCACCAAGACCUGGGUACAACCAAGCACUGCACAGAACCAUUUCAAUGCGACUACACACUCACAUAUGCAGAUGGAUCGUCCAUUGGUGCGCUCAUGACUGACAAGUUCUCUUUACCCAUGGUCAAGCCCCCCAAUGACCAUCCUGACCUCGCGAUCGGCUGUGGUUAUGACCAGGGGGUGAAUGCUGGGAAGGUAACGACAGUCGAUGGCAUCCUUGGUCUUGGACCGAGCUCGGUAUCGCUGGUGUCCCAGCUCAAGAACCACAAGAUCAUCACAAAGAAUGUGAUUGGCCAUUACCUCAGUACAAAAGGAGGGGGAUUCCUCUUCUUUGGGGAAGAGAGCGUGCCCUCUUCAGAUGUAACCUGGGUCCCCAUGGCACCAAGAACACCCGGGAAACCAUAUCCCUACUCACCGGGCCGUGCAACCCUGCAACUGGAUACAAAGUCAAUAGGUGCAGAGCCGAUGGAGGUGGUCUUUGACAGCGGCAGCGCCUACACCUACUUACCUGAACUUGUUCAUUCUCAACUCGUUACUGCGCUGAAGGCCUCUCUCAGCAAGUCAUCAGUUAAAGAGGUGCAUGACCCUGCACUGCCUCUAUGCUGGAAAGGGAAUGGCCCAUUCAAAUCUCUGGACGACAUCAACAAGGAAUUCAUGUCACCAAUUUCUUUUAACUUUGGCCAUGGGGUCACGAUGACCAUCCCUCCUGAAAAGUACCUCAUUACCACUGAACAAGGGAGCGCGUGCUUGGGCAUCCUUGGGACUGCAGACAUAGACUUGUACUUAAUUGGAGCAAUCGCAAUGCAGGAUCAGUUGGUGAUAUACGACAACGAGACAAGGAGGCUUGGAUGGACACAUUCACUGUGUGACAGGAUGCCCGAGACUUAGAAUAUGACCGUUUCAUUGCAGUGACACACUAAGGGUGAGAGAGAGUAUGUAAUAGUAAUAACAAAAAUAAGGGAAUGUAACUGAGGCACAUGAGACGUAAGGAAUUUGUAUGUUCCUCUUCCUCCUGAUCAUGGUGAAAUGAAGUUGAUAUUGUUCGUAUGUUUCA